AGUCGAUUCAGUUUACUGCAGAAGAGCGAGAUGUCAUCGUUCAGAGGAAAGAGGAAGGACGAGGAUUACGCAUCGGACGAUAACGCGGAAGCCCACGCUCCGCGAAAGAAGAUUUCAAAGGCUCAGUCAUCCGAUGACUCCGAUGACGUCGUUGUUUGUGAGAUAUCGAAGAAUAGGAGAGUGUCGGUGAGGAACUGGCAAGGGAAAGUGUGGGUCGAUAUCCGCGAGUUCUACAUCAAAGAUGGCAAGCAAUAUCCUGGCAAGAAAGCCAGCAACUAUGGAAUAGUUAACUUGGCCAAGGAGUAUUUCUGAAUGUGCAAAACAAAUUUGGAUUCAGAGCUGCUAUUCGUAAUCAAUUUAAUGUCAUAUUGGGGUAGUUGAAGGCAUUUUGAACAUGAAGUGGCUCACUGGUACUUGGCAAAGAGGAAUUGUAUGAUACUUACCAAAUUGGCAAUACUAUUUAAAAUACCUUAUGUUGGGGCCAUAUGUUAUUUUUUAUUGUUUGGUAAAGUUGGGUAAGGUCAAAUUACAUUUUCUAGUUGAGAAAUUUUCCGAAGCGCUAAGUACAUUGAUGAUAAACCUAGUACACACUCCAUCAAUGCAAGUGGGUUGAAGCGUUAAUAUCUUGUUGCAGCUUAUAUAUUUUUCUCACUUGAAUUGUUACUGUGGGUUCAAGUCUUUUCUAAAUUGGAUGGUGAUAAAUGGUUAAUUGUUCCUGUGUUAAGCCUUUUGCUGAAGAAUGCUGUGUGUGCUGCAGAAGGCAGCAUAUUCCUAUUGCGAAAAGAGCAUGCACUUUGCAUUUGAGCAAAAUAUAUAUGCUUACUUUAGAUGCAUGCCUUUUAGUGUACCUUUUCUAAAUUGUAUGGUGAUAAAUGGUUAAUUGUUCCUGUGUUAAAGCCUUUCACUGAUAAAGACUUCAUGAAAGACAGACUUGGCAAGUUAUUGAAUUAUAUUGGAAUGCUCACACUUUCAUGGAGACCGCACUAGUUUAUUGAUAAAAUGAAGGCUGAUUCAGUCUUUUGAAAAAUGAAAUGUUGCUUUCCCUUACCUUGUCUUCUUUUAAUGGUUGUCGUUCCAUGAUUUAAUGAUUCGCAAAUAAGGCACACUAUCUGGCAAGUACGUGGUCUGUUUGGUAUAUUUGUUAUUUGCAGUAGCAAGGUAGAGUUGAGUUUCUAAUGUCUAUAACAU